AUGUCUUCCUACAGGCAGGUCUGCAACUACUCGCCCUGCGACGUGAGCUGCCCCCCGCCGUACGCCAACGCCUGGAGCCAGCCCUGCGUCACCUCCUGCGGGGACUCCCGUGCUGUGGUCUACCCACCGCCCGUGACCAUCGUCUUCCCGGGCCCCAUCCUCAGCUCCUGCCCUCAGGAAAGCAUUGUGGGCACCUCGGCCCCACUGGGGCUGGGCAGCUCCUUUGGCUACGGGAGCUCCCUGGAUGCGCAGAGCUCCUUCGGGUCCGGUGCCUCACUGGGUGGCAGGUACUCCUACCCCUGCUAUUCCCGCAGGUACACGACUUACAGUCGUGGGAGCUGCGGGCCCUGCUAA